UCUUGAGUAUCACACUGGACACUGUUGUAAUAGAGGAACGUAGUCUUCGGGUGAAAGAUAGCUCUGACAGUAUCGAAACAGUUAAUGGUAGUUAGCGACAGUUGCUCUGACAAACCCUUGGAGGAGUAACAAGUGAUUACUGUUCGGAAGUUUACUUUUACAUUGCGAGAGUUUGUUUACAAAUUUAUAAACUUUUUAGUGAUUUUGGCUCAUUCUGGAACGAGUAUAUUUUUGUUUAUAUUAAGUUUUUUAGUCUUUUAAUGAACUUGUAAGCUCGUUUCUUAGAGCAUAAAAAUAUUUUAAAAUGCGCUAAGGCGGAGCCAUCGGAGCGGAUCAUCAGGAUGACAGAGCCAGCAGAGCCGACCGAUCACCAGGAAACUUCAGGCAGCCCCUCAGGUGGGAGCAGCGAAGACGCUUUGGAGCAUCUCCCAGCCAGCGACCCUGGUGGACCCGUGAACGGCGACAGGGGGCGACAGAGAGACCAGAAGCAGCAGCAGCAGCAGCGGCGGCGGCGGGCGGAGAACUGUGAGGAUGUCAACACAGACAAGUUAUGGCAAAUUAAAGGCGGACAGGGGGAGAUGUGCGCAGCCUUAGUUGCCGGAAACGAGCUCCAAAAGUGCCCGAAUUCAGCUCAGCCUCACCAGAAGCCUGAUAAGAAGUCACCGGACGACGGCGGUCACACUUUACAGGAGAACGAUGACGAAGACGGAGCCGCACACGAGCCCUUAAACCAGGUGCGAGGGGAAGGUUUGCACGUUGACUCCGACACGGGCUUGGAUGCGCGUGUGGGCAAGAAGAGGCACAGGCGCAGGGCCGCAAAGAAGAAGCGCAACUGGAAGCCGUACUACAAACUUUCCUGGGAGGAAAGAAAAGCCCAGGACGAGAGGGAGACGGCCAGGGCCUCUCGGGUGAGAGAGGAGAUGUUCGCCAAAGGGCUCCCGGUGGCCCCUUACAACACCACACAGUUCCUGAUGGACGAGCACGACCGAGAGGAGCCCGACCUCAACACCGAGAUGGGGGUCCGGCGGCCCUCGGGGGUCGGCGGUCGCAUGGAGGACACUGCCAGCGAGGAGGACCUCUUCGACAACGACGAGGAGGACGACGACGAGGGCAGCGGCGGGGGCAGCGACGGCAUCGGGCGACCCGGCAACGCGGGCGGGGAGUUUCUGCAGAGAGACUUUUCCGAGACCUACGAGCGGUACCACGUCGAGAGCCUGCAGAAUAUGAGCAAGCAGGAGCUGGUGCAGGAGUACCUGGAGCUGGAGAAGUGCAUGUCCCGCCUGGAGGAGGAGAACAACCGGCUGAGGCGCGCGGUGGAGCCCGGAGGUCUGACCUUGGAGAGCUACCUGGUUCGGCUCCGAGAGCUGGAGAGGGAACUGGAAAGACUGCGGGCUCAGAACACCGAGCUCCUUUUGCAGAACCAGCCGAGCAAGGUCCGGGGUCAGGUCGCCACCAACUAAAGGACACCGGUCACGUAGAGAAAAGCUCUCCAAGGUAAAGCCGUGGGACAGUUUGUCACCUGGACGAUGAAUCUUUGCAUUGCAAUGCAAUACUUUGUUUCCUUUCUUAUUUGGACUGUAGGGCGCCUCCUGCGUUUUUUUUUCACAAAAAGUAUAAAUAUUUCAAAGUAAAAUUCUUUUUAUAAAGAGAAUGUUAUCUGACAACAUGGAAAAAAAUAUUUUGUUUCUCUGGGCUAAUUUGUAGGUAUCCAUUGAAAUAGUUUAGUUUUUGAAUCUAAAAAGAAACAUUGUAGUACAGCUAAUUAGGCCAAGGCUGAUUUGCAGGAGUCCAUUUCAGAGUGACAGUUUUACCAGAUGUGUUAACAUUAAUUCAAAUAAAACCAUUUGAAAUUCUG